AUUCAAGAAGAAAGAUACCGCGCAGCUCUGCCGCCAGGUCAAUUUGUCAUUGAGUACGGACGGCGCCCGGAGUGACUUUAUUUGGGCAUGUUUGCCGGGGCUGUCAGUCUCGAUGAUUUCUUUUUCGUGCGCUUCGUUUAUUGACAUCCCUUCUCGAGGUCAUUGUGCAUUUCCCCCAGCAGCAAUGACACAGCGGCUUCUGGCAAAUGUCAUUGCGGAGAAUGCUACUACCGACGUAUUCGUACCGUUGCCAGAGCCGCAUUGAGCUGGCAGACAACUUAUAGUCAGGUAUUGGACUAACCUCAUAGGUUUUCGCUUCUGCCUGCAGCAACCCCUCAUGUUGAGGGAGAGGGAAGCCUUCAUCUCAUGAGCAAUCUUAGUCCCCAUUGUAGACUUCGCCUCCAGCUAGAGACGUACUGAAGAUGACAGUACACACCAUCUCUCUGGCUUGGAUACUGUUGUUGGCAGCUUUAGGUACGACUCCAGCCGCAGCCGUCGACCUGCCUCCGCCCCUGGGGUAUCAUACUGCCGACUUUCACUGGGACACGAUUGAAGCAUCACCAGAGCUUCGCUAUACCAAGUGUUAUGGAUCUUUUGAAUGUGCCAGACUCGAGGUUCCGCUGGACUGGUCCAAUUUGUCGAUUCUAAACCACGUCACACUUGCUAUUGUUCGACUGCCCGCCGUAGUCGACAUUGCUGACGAAUCUUUCGGUGGCACCAUCGUGAUCAACCCAGGUGGUCCUGGAGGUUCAGGUACUGACAUCGUUCUAACCUCCGGCAGGGGCGUGCAAAGAAUCGUCGACGGCGACAAACACUUUGAGAUACUCUCGUUCGAUCCUCGUGGCAUGAAAUUCUCAACACCAAAUUCGGCCUGUUUUACCGAAGAUUCCGCGAGAGCAGCCUUAGUGACCUGGAUGGUGAAUGUCGGUGGCAUUGAGAUAAGUCAACACGCUUUGGAUGUCAGAUGGAGCAUUGACAGAGGCCUUGGUCAAUUGUGCGAGCAGAGUAGCAACAGCAACUUGCCCAAUGGAUCAAAUUUCCACCAAUACGUGAGCACCGCACUGGUCGCACAUGAUAUGUUAGAGAUCAUUGAUCAAGUGGACGCACAUCUCCAAAGGGAGUUGUUUCAGCGGAAGAAGUCCUCGCAAGAUCACCAGAAGCCCAUAUCCGCAACACCAGAAAAGAAUACCCCUCUCCUCAACUACUGGGGCCUUUCAUACGGUACCUUGUUAGGCAAUACUUUCGCAUCCAUGUUCCCAGAACGAAUCGGUCGUAUGGUUCUGGAUGGAGUUGUGGAUGCAGAUGACUAUUCGGAGACUGGCUGGACCACAAACCUUCAGGACAACAACAAGACCUGGGCUACCUUCUUUGAAUACUGCUUCGAAGCCGGGCCCAGGUGCCCCCUGUUUGAUGAAGCCGUCAAGGAUCCUAGAGAGAUUCAAGCGAAAGUCGAAAGCUUUCUCUCAAAGCUGAAGGACGACCCGCUUCCUCUUCUCGUCAACGGCAAUGUGUAUCUACUCACCGAUUACGUGCUCAGGGCCAACAUCCAUUUAUGCUUAUACUUUCCGAACAUGCUUUGGCCACUCCUAGCGAUCUCUUUACGCUCUCUACUGGACGGAGAGAUAUCUCAAGCAGUCUCGACCCUCGAAACAGCGGCAUCAUGGCAUCAGACAUCGCAUGAGAGGUUUGCCCCAUCGACCCCAUUCCGGUACCUUCCAGCUCUCACAGGCCAAUUGCACGAGUCUGCCUUAGCGGACACACCAGGUUAUGCAUGGCAGCCAGAAGCAGCAGUAUCUGUCCUCUGCGGCGAUGGUGACGACAUCACCUCCUAUACCAAAGCUAAAUUUGCCGAAUUGGCUUCGCUGCUGGAGUCGCAGUCUCCCUUGGUCGGUUCAAUCUGGGCUGAGAUUCCCUUGUACUGUAUUCACUGGCCAAAAGCAGUCCGCCCAUCGGCUGCGAACCGCUUUACCGGUCCAUUUCGAUCGAACUUGUCGGACUACGAUCCCCGUGGAAGUCCAUUACUGUUCAUUGCAAACACGGCGGACCCAGUGACCCCCGUACGCAAUGCUUUGAAAAUGUCGGAACAACAUGAAGGAAGUGUGGUUCUGACCCAAGAUGUACCAGGACAUUGCUCAGGAGAAGUGAACCCAAGCUUUUGCACGUUUGAGAUUCUGAAACGGUUCUUUGGCAACGGGACGAUACCCAAGCCAGGGCUGGUCUGCGAAGGUGCUCGGAAACCAUGGGAUGACUGAUUAUCUUCUGGGGGGUCGAGGCUCACGCUGGGAGCAAAAGGCCCUCAGACCAGGGAAGCCGCGUUGUACCCUUACAGUACCAGGCGCAAGUGUGUUGAUGGGAAUCCUGGAGCCAUUGUGUAAUGAUAGAGACUACUUGCUAGAUGGCUAUACGCCUGUGUCGAUGCAAUAUCAUACUUCGCACGAGCACCAAGUACAUAAUGUUUCAUGAUAGCCACGAUUCGUGAAUAACUUGCCAUCCCAGUUCACUUGUUCAAACACCUAACAAGUGCCAUGGCCAGCUUCUCCCCUCAGUAUCUCGGGCUGUAUCUUUCUUUGCUUCUGGUGCCAAAUGUGCUUGGUGCUGUCGUGUUUUUGCUGGCAUUGCAUAGAAGUCCGAAAUUUAUGGGCACGUGAUUUACAUAUUUCU